UCAGUGUUUAUUUUCUAGUCUUUUUUUCCUUUUAUUAUUUUUCUAACCAACAAGCUUUCUCAAUUUCAUUAUUAUUUCUGCGCGCACGCGUGAGCUACAUUGCUUUCAACACUAAAACAAAACACACUCUUACCACACCGCGAACCCAAAUCAGCCGCCAGUCAUGAGCAACAUCAACGACAUCGCGAAGCAGUUCACUGAAUACUAUUACCAGGCCUUCGAUGCUGACCGCAGGAACCUGGCGCCCCUCUACAGAGACAUGUCGAUGAUGACCUGGGAGAGCUCUCAGAUCCAAGGCGCGCAGGCCAUAGUCGAGAAGCUUGUGUCGUUGCCCUUCCAGAAGGUCCAGCACAAGAUCACCACAGUCGACGCUCAGCAGUCGCUGCCUGGAGUCAACGCCAUCCUUAUCUUGGUAACCGGUCAGCUUCUUGUCGACGAGGAGACCAACCCCCAGCAGUUCUCACAGACGUUCCAGCUCGUCGAAAACGAGGGCUUUUUCAUUUACAACGACGUCUUCCGCCUCAACUACUCCUAAAUGCUCAGGACAUGCUGUGCCCCUUUUACACAAUAUCUUUUGUUUUGGACAUUAAUAAACAAUU